CCAAAAUGGAGAAGGAUAUAGAAAGUAAGUCUCACGAAUGCGGUAUUUGUGGUAAAAGUUUUCGUUCGAUUAGUAAACUAAGAACCCAUCAAUUGACGCACACCGGGGAACGACCACAUAAGUGCGACACUUGUGGCAAGGGAUUUACUCAAAAUUGUAACUUGAAACGCCACGUGCGAUUGCACUUCCCUGAUAUGCCACUGAAUCAAAAGAAAUUUGUUAAACAGAGAAAGUUGCACGAAUGCGGUAUUUGUGGUAAAAGUUUUCGUUGGGUUGGUAAUUUCCAAAACCACCAAAACAAACAUACUGGGGAACGACCACAUAAAUGUGAAAUUUGUGGCAAGGGAUUUGCUCAAAACGGUCAUUUAAAAAACCAUUCACGAUUGCACUUUCCUGAUAAUCCGCAAAAUCUAGGAAGGAAGAUUAAUCAAAGUAAGUUGCACCAAUGCGGUAUUUGUGAUAAAAGUUUCCGUUUGAUCAGUGGUCUUAGAAGCCACCAAACGACACACACUAGAGAACGACCACACGAGUGUGAAAUUUGUUGCAAAACAUUCACUCAAAAGAGUCGCUUGACAGCCCAUUUACGAUCGCAUUUUUACGAUGAGACACAAAGUCAACAUAAAUGUGAAGUUUGCGAAAAAGUACUAAACGACAUGCGGAGUAAAACUAUUCACAUGAGACAACACACAGGGGAAAGACCAUAUAAAAUGUUGUGUGGAAAGGGCUUUUGUGACAAAAGUAAUUUGAGAAAACAUAUGAAUCGACAUACAAAGAAAUUUGUCUGUGAAUCUGUGAACGGCAAUUUGGCGUGCAAGUCUCAUCUUAAUCAUUCAUAUGCUUACACAUUAGACAAAGGAGAAGAGAUUGGAUGCAUAAUUUGCUGA